AUGAGCGGCACCAGCACCAGAUCCAACCACUUGUCUCAGCCUGUAGUGAAGAGCGUGCUGGUGUACCGCAACGGGGACCCCUUCUUCGCUGGGCGCCGAGUCGUCAUCCAUGAGAAGAAGGUUUCCAGCUUUGACGUCUUCCUGAGGGAGGUGACGGGUGGCGUUCAGGCGCCCUUUGGGGCUGUCAGGAACAUCUACACUCCGCGGUCUGGCCACCGUAUCCGGAAGCUAGAUCAGAUUCAGAGCGGGGGCAACUACGUGGCCGGGGGCCAGGAAGCCUUCAAGAAACUCAAUUACCUGGACAUAGGAGAAACCAAGAAAAGACCAAUGGAAGUUGUAAACACAGAGGUAAAACCAGUAAUCCACAGCAGGAUCAAUGUGUCAGCUCGCUUUAGAAAACCACUCCAGGAACCAUGCACUAUCUUCUUGAUUGCAAAUGGAGACCUCGUAAGCCCAGCUUCUCGCCUCCUCAUCCCAAGAAAAGCUUUGAAUCAGUGGGAUCAUGUACUACAAAUGAUCACAGAAAAAAUAACUCUAAGGAGUGGGGCUGUCCAUAGACUUUAUACUUUAGAAGGAAAACUUAUUGAAAGUGGGGCAGAGUUGGAGAAUGGGCAGUUUUAUGUGGCUGUCGGCAGAGAUAAGUUUAAGAAAUUGCCUUAUAGUGAAUUACUUUUUGACAAGUCAACAAUGAGAAGGACUUACGGUCAGAAAGCCUCUUCACUGCCUCCUAUUGCAGGACCCAGAAAGUCUAAAGGAAAUGGAAAUGAUUGCCAAUCUAAGUCAACAAUUGGAUACAGUGGCAACUCAUCUCCUCAACACCCAAAGAGAAAAGGGAAAAAAGAAGACGUGAAUUCAGAAAAACCCACAAAAGUGAAACAAAACGCAAAGUUAAAGGAUUCACCUCAAACAAUUCCAAACAGUGAUGAAGGCAUUUUCAAAGCUGGAGCUGAGAGAUCUGAAACGCGGGGGGCAGCAGAAAUCCAAGAAGAUGAAGAUACUCAAGUUGAAGUCCCAGUUGAUCAGAGACCAGCAGAAAUAGUAGAUGAGGAAGAAGUUGGAGAGAAAGAAAACAAGGAUACAGAACAGAAAGAUUUUUCAGAAAUGAAUGGUGAAGUUGAUGAAGAAGGGAGCCAGGAAGCUACAGAUGACCCUGAGCAAGCCAGGGAGACCUUGGAUCCCACAGAGGGCCAGGCAGGUCCUGCUCAUGUAAAUGGAGGCACUGAUGAAGAAAAUGGCGAGGAACUGGACCAGAUUAAUAAUGAACCUCAAUCAGAAGUGGACCAAGAAAGAAAAUCUCAAGGAGCUGGCAGUGGACAGGAUGAGGCUGAAUUAGACCCUCAAAGAUUGCCAAGGCCAGAAGUGAAAGUCACUAGUCCACAAGAAAAUGACAACAAUGAAGAGAAUGAACAGAACAAGGACGAUGCUGUCAUGGCAUAG